CUUUAUUGGACAAAAUAAAACAGCUGUUUGCAAUGCCAAUAUGUUUCGUUGAUGGAAUCUUAAGAAAACCCGACAAACAUUCUCUUCAUGGUCCUUCUUUGCUGGGAACAAAGAUAUUCAAAUGGUCAGAUCCGGAUGAAGAUUUAUUUCAUAUGAUCAAAGAAAUAAAACAAUGUAAAAAGGAUUUAAAUUUCUCUGAUAUUUUGGCGACAUCACUGUCGAGUGGCCUGAGAAACUUUUUCGCAAAGACUAUGGAUCAUAUGCCUGAGGAUGUAGCAGUCAUAUUGCCAAUCAGAUUGCCGGAAGCACCAAAACAUUUUUCCCAAAAUGAAUUGCAGUUCAAAAAUAAUUUUACAGUAACAAUCCUCGAUCUACCAACCAAAGAGGAGAGGCAAAUUAAAGAAAUUAGAAGACGAUGCAAUAAAGUUCGUAAAAGUGUUGAUCCCACCGUAAACCAUUAUUUUCUAAAAGUUUGUUACCUCCUACCGAAGCAGAUACUACGACCGAUUUUUAAGAGUAGCCAAGCCACGUUGGUAUUCAGUAACAUGCCCGGACCAGACUCUAUAAGUAUUUGCGGUGGAAACUCCAUAAAGAGUUUAGUAUUUUUCAUACCUAAUAAAGGAAGUACAGGUCUUGGCAUAUCAGCGCUUUGCUACGGAGGAGUUUUGCGAUUCUCUGCGAUGGCUGAUGCGAGUAUAGUGCGGACUUCGGACCAACUGUCCUUGAUACUUGACGGCAUGGUGGAUGAGAUUAAACAAAUGCAUGCGAUAUACGUGAAAUAGAUACAUGAAAUAAACGUCUCAAUUCACAGGCUUUGGCUUCUCAGUAAAAGGUGGGAUUUGAUUUGAAUGUGUUUGGUUUUUGCGUAAUUGUAAGCUAUUUAAUAAA